AUGUCGACAGCAAUCAUCAACGAUUAUGAGCGACGUUUUCAACGUUCACUACAGAAAUUAACCAUACCAUCAUGGUAUACAGAUACAACUCCGUCAUUAAGUAUAUUCAAUAAUAGUAAACAAUCGAUUAAUUCAUCAUCUCUGAUGCCAUGGAAAGCGGAUGAUAAAGAAACUCAACGUAUUCCUGAAGUAUUCUAUGUACGCUUUCCACACAGUUCUCGUUCAUGUCGAUCGUCAAUAGCAACAUCGCCAUCACCGUCUGUUCAUUCUUGGCAUCCAAAUUAUAUUAUGGAAGGUUCUCGACGACAGAAAAAAUAUCAAAAAGGCAUUGAACGUGUUUCCAAAGCAAGUCGUUGGUAUCAGCCGACUCAAUUUAUUGUAAAUGAAACAACAAAUAUUCCGACAGGUAAAAUAAAAGUAUCAACAUCAUACAAACGCAAACAACAAUCAGCUAAAAACAUUCAUCACGAUACACCAAAAAUUCAGCAUAAUGAUGAAAGUUUAAUAUUAAAAUCAAACCAUUUGGUAGCUAAUAGUGAUGUUGAAAAAAACACUGUCAGCGAGCCAACAACGACUAUGAUUACAUGCGAAAAGCAACACGGCAAUCAUAUUAAAUCAAAUGAAUCUCAAAUAAUGCCGUUGGCAAUUACAAAAGAACUCUCCAGUUGUAUUGAAUUAGAAGUAGCAGCUGAUGAAGAACAUGGCAAUCGAUCAUUAUCAAUGAGCAACAACAAACUUAUACCAUCCAUUACAAACAUACCAUUGUCUAUCGAAAAUAAUGAUGAAAACGAUUUAUUAGAACGUAUCGCAAAUGAUUUAGUUGAAUCAGUUCUUUCGGAUAUAUUCAUUUCGAAAAUUUUCUACGAUGAAGAUGAUUCAAAUAGUGGUGUGAGAGAAUUGUCCGAAGAUGAAAGCGGACUUAGAGAAUUAGAUGAAGAUGAUAUGAAUGAUACCGAUGAAUUCAUUGUUUUUCCCACACAAUUAUCACUAGAAGACGAUGAUCCAACAUCGAAUGUUCCAAAAUGUAGUCUUAAUAAGUUAUAUACAUUUUCGAAAACAAAUCACAUUGGUUCUGAUAAUUCGAAGCAAACGACCCCAAGUCAGAACUCACCAACAUCGACACUUGAGAAAGACGUUUUAGCAACUGAUUUUCAAUCGCAUUCAACCAUCGAGCAAUCAUUCGAUAAACUUUGUAUUUCAUCUCCACAAUUUAGUGCCGUCGACGAAAUAGAUUGUCCUUCAAACAAUCAAUUAGCAAAAUAUCAAUUAUCAAAAGAAGGUGUUAAUGAAGAAACAGCAAGAAUCGGCCGACUACUACUCAAUAGUAUGCCAACGACCUUUAUUGAAGAUAUUCAUAAUCUUUCGCAGCCUCCAAUAUUCACAUUGAAAACUAAUUGUUUGAUGAUAUCCGAAAAAGAAGAUAUUUAUGAUUCACCACGAAAAGAUUAUCAUGAAAUUCAACGAGGAAUUGUCGAAGAAUUCGAUGAAGAAUUAAAUGAUGAAGUUCUUGGUGAUUCAGCUUAUUCAAGUAAUCAAGAACGAAUCAAUAUUCAACAAUUACUUUAUGAACCUUUAUCAGAAUGUUUCUCUGGUUUUUCGUUUAUUCAAAGUGACUUUUUAACUCCAAAUAUUUCAUCACUACAAUCAACAACCGACGAAGCCUAUGAAUCCGAGCCGACAACAAUGAGUUCAUCCCUAGCAAUAACCACUUAUAUUCAUCCGAAUCUCGAACAUGAAUUCGAAUAUCCAUCCCCACCACCACCUGUACCUGAUCGACGACUUAAACCUGAUUAUUUAAAAAAUGUAUCUACACCAAAAUCUCGAUUAACCAAACAAGAGAGCAUCGAUUCCGUUGAAUAUAGUCUGAUCGAAAAAUCUAAACCUUUACCACCACCGCCAACAACUAUUCAACAAAUAAUUGCUCCGAUAGCAAGCGAUUCAAAUUUAUCUUCAAAACGAACUGCCAGUAGUCGACACUAUUGUGGUUCAAUACCGGUAUCCGAUAAACUAUGUACAGAGUCAACUUUAACGAAAUCGAAAGAAGAUACCCACGAUAAAACUAAAGAAAAACGAAAUACUCGAGUACUGAAUUGUUUACACCCGUCAACCGCCGAUGAUGAUGACCAUCGUAAACGAACUCCGAUAUCAAAAUCCCCAUCAACAUCAUUGCAUAGAUUGAAAACAAAAAAACAUAAAUUAGUCACAGAUUUCGAUGAGGCUACUAAUGGUUUAGCGAUACGUCUGCCAGCGCCCACCACGAAUUUACAGGAUUCAACUAACAAACAAAAUCUCAAUAGAAUCACAACAAAACGAGCCAAUGGAAUCACUAAAGAGAAACACAUAAUAGAUCAUAUCAAAUCAGAUCGAAGACUCUAUUAUGAAACAUCGGUGUAG